UUUUGACUAAAUCCUGGCCGUUGGUUCUUGCCUCCCCUGGGAUCUGGGUUACUUUAAUCCUCGAAAAACUACUUAUCCAUUUUUCUCUUUGCUACCUUUGGUCUUUAAAUUACAGAUCAUCUACCCCCGUUAGGCUGUUACCAUGUUAGAUCGGAUCUCUAUAUUCCCACCACCCUUUUGUUCCAUCGGUGAAAGGGUGCCACUUGUAUCUGGUUUAUGUGGUUCCUAAUGAUGGGUUUUCCUCUUCUUCUCUGAGUAGGAGGAGGAGGAGGAGGAGGAGAGAGAGAUUUUGAGAGAGAGAGGUUGGGAUGAGAGUUGGAUUUUAAUGGGGAAUGUAACAUCUGGUGUGGCUGCAAGAUUUGCCUUCUUUCCACCAGACCCACCAAGCUAUGAUGUCUAUAGGGAUGAGGGGAAAUUCUUUCUCAGUGGGGUGGCCCCUGAUAAGAACAUGGAUGUUCAUAUGUUGGAAACCAAGGGUGGGAACAAGAUUGUUGCGGCCUUCUGGAGGCACCCAGUUGCCAAGUUCACCGUCUUGUACUCUCAUGGGAAUGCAGCCGAUCUUGGUCAGAUGAUGGAGCUCUUCUUUGAGCUCAGGACUCACCUCCGUGUCAAUAUUAUGUGUUAUGAUUAUUCAGGGUAUGGAGCUUCUUCUGGCAAGGCAACCGAGUUUAACACGUACUAUGAUAUAGAGGCUGUUUACCAGUGUUUGAAAAGAGAAUAUGGAAUAAAGCAGGAGGAUAUUAUUCUAUACGGGCAGUCGGUAGGGAGUGGACCAACAUUACAUUUGGCUGCACGUUUGCCAAAACUAAGAGCCGUUGUUCUACACAGUGCAAUCUUGUCAGGCAUUCGUGUGCUCUAUCCUGUCAAGAUGACCUUCUGGUUUGACAUCUUCAAGAACAUUGACAAGAUCCGGCAUGUCAACUGUCCUGUCCUUGUAAUACAUGGAACUCAGGACGAUAUAGUUGAUUUCUCUCAUGGCAAGAGACUGUGGGAGCUUGCCAAGGAGAAGUACGAGCCUCUAUGGAUAAAGGGUGGAGGCCACUGCAACUUGGAGACUUAUCCUGAGUACAUCAAGCACCUAAGGAAGUUCAUACAUGCAAUGGAGAAACUAUCUGCCAUCAAGCCGUCGAAGCUGACAAAUCCAUCAAAUGACAGCUUCGCAGAAGCAAAACAUAAUAGAUGCUUGAGAUUUGGCAACAGAUAGUAGGGUUAAGAAAGCAAAUAGCAAAAGAAAUUGAAAGGCGGAUUCACAUCUAGUCAGAGCUGAACCGGUGUACCAUAUCUGCUAUUCUGGUCAAGAUGGCGCAAACAGAAGAUGGGGUUUGACAACUGACGAGGUUUUGUUAAGUGUAGCAGCCAAUGUUAGCCAUGUUUUAGUCUUAUCCAAUUCCUGACAUCUGUAGACACCCCUUUUUUUUUUCCCGUUUCCUCAAAAUCAGCUUGCGAACUGUUGUAGCCGAUGCAAUCGGUUGCUGCCUCGUCAUACUAGCCUAGGAUGGGAUCUAGACUUGGUCCAUCAACUACUUACAAAGACUAAGAAAUUCACAAAAUGUGUCCAUUGUCAUCCGGUUUUAUGGUCUCUUCAUCUCUGUCUAUCUUAUAUUUCCUACCCCCAUGUCAAACUGUUAUUUGUGGUGGUCAUAUACACUUGCAGCCUUUUUGUAUCAAAUGAAUCAACUUUUUCUGCAGGGGUGGUCACACACACUUGCAGCCUUUUUGUAUCAAAUGAAUCAACUUUUUCUGCA